AUGGUUUGGCCAUACUAUGGCAAGGUGUGGUUUUUCGACGGAGCAGCUGCGUGGCCCGGCAGUAUUGUGGCUUCCGAGGAAGAGGUGUCGCAGCUGGAGGAUCUGGCUGUUCCUUUCCGUAGCUUUGCCGAGAUGCGCGAUAUCGCGGCCCAGCGUAUACGCCUUCAAGACCAAGCAGAUACGGUCUAUGCACAGGCAGUCCAGCCCCCUCAGCGUAUACGCCUUCAAGACCAAGCAGAUACGGUCUAUGCACAGGCAGUCCAGCCCCCUUCCUUUAAGGUGCCCACGCUUGCCGUGGACCGCGUCAACUCCGACGGUCGUGAUGGUCGUAUCGUAGCGGCAUCCGGAAUUGGUGGUCUUUCAACCGCCCAACCUGACCAGUCUGGACAAACACUACUUGCGCAGCCCACACCUAAGCCUAGGCCCCAAUGGGUGACAGUCUCUAUUCCUCAGGGACGGAAGGCAUUAAGUGCUACGAAGACAUUAUCUAGCCGGCGUGCAUUUUGUCAUCGCGAACCGGAUACGAGCGGUGCAGGAGCGCUCGCGGCCGUACGACACUCUGGCAAGGCCACGAAUUCUACGGUCCAGCUUCGGCUGAUAAAGAAAACACCACCGAAGCUUCCACUGACGCCUCAAAUAGUGGUGCUAAAACAGAAGGAACGGACCGAGCUUCUCAGGAAUAUCGCUCAAUUGGAGGGUUACUGUGGAUCUCAGGUAUUGCCGCGGCUGCCAGAUGGCGUUGAUCUGGGGUCCGGGUCGUACGAUAUUAUCCAACAGCAGUUGGAUAUUCUGCCUGUUCAGACUCCGGCGAACGGGAAUUGUUUGGCCAUGGCAUUGGUCCAGGCGCUCGCUAACAACGAUUUGCGCCACCGAGAUAAGAUACUCCUCUCCGCUACAUCUAGCUUAAAAAGAGGCAUCAAAUACACGAGACAGAUGCACAUGAUGGAUCAAUUCAGCCACCAAGCCCGAGUGACCACUUUGGUGAACGUUGCCAGAGGCUGGAUGGGUAUGCCGAGGAGUGGAGCUACCAAACAGUUUAAAUGGUACCUCGAAGAAUACGCGUCCAGUCUCACUAACCCGACUACAAUGUUGCACGUCGGGUUAUUGAAACGGGAGAGCAAAUUAUUAUCACCGUUCAAGAGUGUGUUAAGGAAAAGGGCAGUCAAAGGUGAUAGGUCAAGCCCACCACCGUUGAUCCUUAAGUACGAGGAUGGCCACUACUCUGCCUUUGUCCACCGGCUGCCGAAUUCGGACAAGGCUACGAGGGAUGAGCGCAACGUCGACCGUAGUGUUUCCUGCGGUGAAGACAUGAGUGAUAUCGUAAGUGAUAGUGAUGAGAAAAUGAAGGAAGCAGCGGAAUUGAUUGAGGCGACCGACCAAUUUGACGAUUUGGAGCGGAAUGGGGCUGUUCAAGCCGCGAUUUUCGCCCCGCCGUCACCACUUCAGCAGUCACAUGUACCACGCACCUCAACCAGCGCUGACCCGGCGACUGGAAGGGGCGUUAUCGGGAAUUCCACAGCUCUUGCGUUGCGGGUAUCUCCACGAGCAUCUCAAUCGAGCGCUCCUACAACGAGGAAUCAUGUCUUGGCACCAGAUGAACGCGAAAAGAAGGCUGUGAUUGUUCGAAACCAACCCACUGCUCUGGUAAUAAAAAAUGGCAGCAGCAACAACGACAGGCUGCUCCUCGAAGCAGGUCCGGCCAAGGUAUUGCAACUCGAGAGCAGCAAGACGUGGCAGGAAAUUGGGCUAGAUUUAGCGAAGGUCGUUUUUCACAGUUUACAGUUCGCCUGCGCAGUGGGUUCAAGCGGCGAAAGUGGAAUCGAGACUCCUUCUCCGGAUGAUUCAACGAUUUCCGCAUAA